UGCUGCUUUUUUUCUAGUUAAGUUAACAAAAACUACAAUAUAAGAUAUUAACAUAUCAGUUUUUUUUUAAAGGUCAAAUAUGGGUGAAAUCAAAUGUCAUGCCAUAAUAAUUAUCACAAUUCUCUAUUUUUACGAAAAACAAAAGUUAUUAUGUGGUUGUAGUUUUAUAUUAUUUAUAGCGUCAAAAUGGCAGCCUCCAUGAAGAGCGGAGGCUCGGAUCAGUUACUGUCCAUAGUCAGACCCAGUUGGUCUGAAAUUUGCAAAUCUAUUUCAGUAUCCUCAGGCCCUGAUGCGGUAGCCUCAAUAUUUGAACUGGCUAAACAAGCUCUUUGGUCGAGGAAUAAUGUCAACUCAGUCAUUUUGUUUGCAACUGCUCUUCAAAGGAUCAAACAACGCAGCAGACUCACUACCAGUGGAACUUUUGCUUCGUCUUCGACGUCUUCCAGAUCUAGAUCUAGAUCUAGAUCUAUUACUCACCCUCAUUCUAUCAAUGACAUUGCUGACAGAAGUGAGCGUUCAUCACUUGUUGUAGUCACCUGUGAUGAUUUUUUUACCCACUAUUUUGAAUAUUUAUGUAUCGCUUUGGAUGCUAUAGGCAGCCAAACUGAAGAUGAUACAGAGGCUGCAAGUAAAGGUGAACUGGCAGAGGCAAUCCAAAUCAUUGUUGCUUGUGUUAUGGAGCUGAAAUCCAAAGUUGUGAAUAAUUCUGCUUUGAACGAAGUCAGGGUAAAGGUUUUUACUAGCGCUGCUUCGGUACUCUUCAGUUUGGAUGUACAAUUUGAGGCUUUACUGCUGGCAAGGAGAGCUGUCCAUCUGAUGCCAAAUUCUCAUGUCGCCCAGGAAACAUUUGAAAAUCUAUGCUGCCAUUUGGUGGAGCGCUGGCAUUUUGUUAUGCUGAAUGACAAGUCAAGAAACACAGCUUAUCAACAAGCUAUUGAGUUUGUUUUGGAAAGUGACAAGCCUGGACUCACAGUCUGUGAUAUUGGUUGUGGCACAGGGCUCCUCAGCUUCAUUGCUGCAAUGCAAAGGAAUUGCAGCAAAGUUUAUGCAAUUGAUUGCUCCAUCGUUAUGUGCAAAAUUGCCAAGGAACUUUUGACUUCAUCAGACUUCCAGGCCAGCGUAGCUUCUAAAGUCACAAUUGUCAAUAAGAUGUCUUCUGCUAUGUCUGUCCCAGGAGAUAUGCCAGUGAAAGCUGAUGUGCUGGUCACAGAAAUUUUCGAUGCUGGACUUUUUGGAGAAGGAAUUUUACCCACUCUUUGCCAUGCAUGGAAUUAUUUGCUGAAAAGAACAGACUCAUCGAUUAGGGCACAAGUUAUACCACACAGAGCGACUUUGUUUGUUCAAGCUGUUCAGGCUGACCACAUACAGAGAGAACACAGGUACCUCUUAAAAGAAAGUUCAUUUGUACUGAAGUCUUGUGGAAUAGCAAUUUGCAGCUCUGUUGGUGUGUGCUGUUCUGAUCCUUACACAACUUAUGACCUCAAGAAGAUAGCCGGAGGUUACAAACCAUUGUCUGCUCCGACAAAAUUCAUGGAAGUUGACUUUUAUGAUCUUGAGGAAAUUUCACAUUUGAAUGAAGGCAGUGUGGGGUCAUUUGUGUUAAACAUCUCUGACAAUGGGAGGCUGGAUGCUCUUGUUGUUUGGUUCGAUCUGCAUUUGUGUGAAGGAGUACAGAUCUCAACUCACCCACAGAAUAGAGGGUGUUGGGAGCAAGCUGUUUUUCCUGUCUCUACGGUCAGACUCUCAGAGGCACAGUCUACUGGAAGAGAACCUCCAAAGGAUCUCAGUGUACAUCCUGGGUGUCAGCUUGUUGUCCAUCACCAAGUGAAGGGGAGCAAGCUCCACAUGUGUGUCACAGACAUAGCUGGUGACUUCCGCGACAGGGCGUGUGACCAGACCAACUGUGGCCCAUCACUUUUUUACAGAGAGGAAUCAGACUGGUGCCAGCAAGGAGUGUUCUGUCUGUUAGUCCCUGAGAUUGCUCUCCUGAAUGACUACAAGUUACAAUCCGUCCUGCGUGAAACUAUGAAUCGUGAAGUGCGAGCAAAUCUCUCUCUUUCAGCUGUAGACUUUAUUCAUCUCAACAAUGGCUUCUCCACUCUAUGCCUUCAGGCUUUGCGAGAAGGCUGCCGUCAAGCUGUCACUCAUGCAAGCUCACCGUCUGUGCAGCAGGAACUUCUCUCUCAAAUUGCCACCAUCAACAACAUAGACUCAUCGCGACUCAUUAUGAUAGAUAGCCCUUACGACUUGAUGAACAGCGAGACUUUUAGGCAGUGUUCUCCUUCAUCAGGUCACAUGGUGCUCACAAGUGCACAACUGGAGGAUAGUGCACAGGGAACAACAUCAUCCCUCGAUGAUAGCUGUGCUGCCUUGCCUGCUGUGAUAGUUGCUUGUGACUUGAUGGACUUUGAGGGUCGACUUAUUGAAGGACUGUCAGAACAAUUUGCUGCUUUACGGGAAUGCUUGCACAGCUACUCACAGAUCAUUCCUGUUCCUGCACAUGUGGAAGUCUAUGGGGUUCUUGUGGAGUCAGAGGAACUACUCGGUCUCAGUAGUGUUCAGGGCCAUGAAAAUACUCUUGGUCUACAUAUUGGAGAGUAUUUGAAUAGAUUCUCUACAAAGAAUCACCAAGGCAUUACACUGAACGAGCUAUCUCAUGUGAAGCUUACGGAGUCGUUCAAAAUGUUUUCCAUUGAUAUCAGUCAACUAUUGGGAGUGCCAUCAAAAUCAGCUGGAGUCCCUACUCCUCUCAGUGCUGAUGAUGUGGAUCCAACAGAGAAAGUGUCUCAAAAAGAAAAAAUUAAUUCAGAGGAAAAUAUGAGUGGAACAGAACUUCCGCUGGAAGACAGAGCAAUAAAACCUAUUGAGAAGAAGAUGGCGUCUAAUUUGUCCGACAGAAACUCUAACUGUGUGAUACCCAGUGAUGUUGUUUGUUCCAGUAUUAGCAGCGUUAACCUUAGUUCCCUAAACAUGAUGUCUUCCAACCCUGCAAGCAUUAGUUCUGACUUUUGUGAGCCCUCUGGUGAAGGUUCUGAUGUUGUCCCUUGUGAUGUAGAUGGUUGUGUUCCUCCUGAAAUAGCAGAUGACUCACCGCAGGAAAAUAAAUCAAGAGACACAGUUCUUCAAAAUGUUGGCAGUUGUUCUUGUCUACCUCAAUCAGUUCACCAAGUCUUCCCCUCUAGUCAACCUCAGGGGUUGGAUGCUUCGUUAACUCCUUCAACAAAUAGUCAUCUUACAACAACAGAAGGCUCAAAAGCCACCAGUCUUGGAAAAGAAUCCGUUCACUGCUCCGUCCUGCUUCCGGACUCACAACAAUUAUGUGCUUCUUCCUGCUCAGAGAAAGUACUUGAAGCUUCUAGUAAUGAUAUUAAUUAUGAUGAGGAACCUCACCAGAAGAAGAGAAGAGAAAGUGAAGAGGGCGUCUCACUCAGCAGUUCUCAGGUUGUGGAGGAAUGUGUCCUGAGUGAGGAAGACAGCAAUUCUGAGGAUCCCUUGGACCAGAGCAUUCAAAUAAAGGUUCCUGUGAUUGCUUCUGGCAAGAUCUCGGCUCUGGUGUACUGGUUUGUCUUACAGUUUCCCUUUACUCAAGCAGUUGAUUCUGUGAGACAAGGGAGGAAAGCAACUAAGUCUCCCAAUAUUUCUGUUCGAAAAACACCAAUGUUGCAAAAUGAUGCAUCAGUGGUUGAAGAUGCUGAAAGUUCUAUUUCUGUAAAACUCCAAAGUAAUGAAAAACCUUUGAGGCAUAGUUCCCAUUGUGUCAUGGGGGGUCAUACAGGUGCAGAAGAACUUUCUGAAACUGAGGUUAUGGUGAAAGGAGGAGGUUCAACAUUCACUGAGAAGCUUUCUGACAAAGAAAAGCUUUCUGCUCAACUGGCAGGUCUAUCUGACAAAAAAGAAAUAUGUACUGAAGGACUACCUCAUUCAACAGGACUUUCAGACUCGGGAGAGAGUGGUGUUUUUUCUCUAGAAGACUGCACGUCUUCCAGAAAUUCACGUAAGACAUCCAUCGAAAAGUUUACUGACCAAGAAAGACAUGUUGCUAGUGCAGUGGAUUCACCUAUGAAAGAAUCUGAUCCCCUGCAAGUCCAUUCGGUCAGCACACUGGACUCAGACCAUCACUGGCAGCAGGCAGCUGUAGUGGCAACUCCCUCAGAGGAGCUGAGAGUGUGUCGGAGUGAGAAUCUGACCCUCCAUUGCCGUCUAAGUCAGUCUGCUAUCAGUUUUUCCGUUCACUCAUGACAAUCAGAAUCAUCUCAAUUCAACAACUUUUCCCUUUUGUCAUGGUACGUGAGUUGUUUCUCCCACAAAUUUCUCCAUUCUAUUGUUUUGUGAUGCUGGUCUCCCAGAAUUAUCUCAUUCAACAUUUUUUUCAUUUUUUCAUGAAGCUUGCCCACCCAUACCAUCUUUCUGACAAGGAAAGGAUAUCUGCUCAACUGGCAGGUCUACUGUCUGACAAAAAAGAAGUACGCACUGAAGGACUACCUCAUUCUACAGGACUUUCAGACUUAGGAGAAAGUGGUAUUUUUUCUCAAGGUUUUCAAUUCUACCGUGGUACUUAUCCCCUGUCUUGCAACAGUUUUUCUACUCUGUCAUAACUUUGAUCUUUGAUACUGUGUUGGUCAUCAGAUUUCUCCUUUCUCUCUUGAAACAGUCCCUUUUUUGUUUUCAGCAAUGAUCUUUUCAGUUUUGAUAUGACAACCAUGCAAUAUAACAAAUUCAUAACCAAAUUACAUGACAGUCAAAUUUGUCAGGGAUUGGCCAAUGCGUCUGACACAUCCAUAAUUCAAAAA